AUGGGCUUACAUUUCAAGUGGCCAUUAGGGGCUCGUAUGCUGGCAGCACUAUAUGCAAUGAGCAUGGUUUUAAAAAUGCUGCCUGCCUUGGGCAUGGCUUGUCCACCAAAAUGUCGCUGUGAGAAGCUACUCUUUUACUGUGACUCUCAGGGGUUUCACUCAGUGCCAAACACCACUGAAAAGGGCUCUCUAGGUUUGUCACUGAGGCACAAUUUUAUUACUGAACUUGAAAGGGAUCAAUUUGCGAGCUUCAGUCAACUUACUUGGCUUCACUUAGAUCAUAAUCAAAUUGCAACAGUCAGAGAAGAUUCUUUUCAAGGACUGUAUAAACUUAAGGAAUUAGUCUUAAGUUCCAACAAAAUCUUUCAUUUGCCAAACACCACUUUUAGCCAGCUGCUUAACCUGCAGAAUUUGGACCUCUCUUUUAAUCAGUUGUCCUCUCUGCACCCCGAGCUGCUCUACGGCCUCCGCAAGCUGCAGACCUUGCAUCUGCGCUCCAACUCCCUGCGGACGAUCCCUGUCCGCCUGUUCUGGGACUGCCGUAGCCUGGAGUUCCUGGAUCUGAGCACAAACCGCUUGCGAAGUUUGGCUCGCAAUGGCUUUGCAGGAUUAAUCAAGCUGAGGGAGCUGCACCUAGAGCACAACCAGCUGACAAAGAUUAAUUUUGCUCAUUUCCUCCGGCUGAGCAGCCUGCACACUCUCUUCUUGCAGUGGAACAAAAUUAGCAACUUGACGUGUGGGAUGGAGUGGACCUGGGGCACCUUAGAAAAGCUCGAUUUGACUGGAAACGAGAUCAAAGCCAUCGACCUAACAGUUUUUGAAACUAUGCCUAACCUUAAAACCCUCCUCCUGGAUAACAACAAGCUCAGCACGCUGGACUCCAAGAUCCUGCGCUCGCUGCCGUCGCUCAGCACCGUGGGGCUCUCGGGCAAUCUGUGGGAAUGCAGCGCCCGGAUCUGCGCGCUGGCCGCCUGGCUGGGAGCCUUCCGGGGCCGCUGGGAGCAUCCCAUCCUGUGCCACGGCCCCGACCACGCCCAGGGAGAGGACAUCCUGGACGCCGUGCACGGCUUCCAGCUCUGCUGGAACGCAUCGACCGCUGCCCCGUCCGCGGCUCCGACGGACGCUCCCACCACCGAGUCCACGAAAGGCAUCAGCUCCUCUCAUUUCCAUAUGGGAGACAAAGAAAUCCCCACCACGGCAGGCAUGGUCGUCACCACCGAGGAACCCUUCCCCGAGCCAAACAAUGCCAUCUUCACUCAGAGGGUAAUUACAGGGACAAUGGCUUUAUUGUUUUCUUUCUUUUUUAUCAUUUUUAUAGUGUUCAUCUCCAGGAAAUGCUGCCCUCCCACAUUAAGAAGAAUUAGGCAGUGCUCAAUGAUUCAAAACCACAGGCAGCUCCGAUCCCAAACGCGGCUACAUAUGGCAAAUAUGUCAGACCAAGGACCGUACAAUGAGUACGAACCCACCCACGAAGGACCCUUCAUCAUCAUUAACGGCUACGGACAAUGCAAGUGUCAGCAGCUGCCAUAUAAAGAAUGUGAAGUAUAAUACUUAAAAUUAAACCAGAUAAGUAACCUAUUUUAAAAUUGUAGGGGACCUACAGCAGAUUCUAAUUUUUACAAAUGUUGACGUAAAGCCUAAUUUUCCAAGCUACUCAA